AUGACGGGCAAGGUGGAGUUCACACUGCAGGAGAAACCCCCUACAGUGAGCUGGGGUGCCGUCAAACCGCUCCGGGAGGGGCAGGUGGACGUUGCUGAUCUGACUGGGACUAAAACAACACUCCUCAAAGUUAUCAAUGACAUCCUCACCUAUGCUGAUGCAGGUGCCCUCAACAUCCUGAUUCUCCUGGACCUGAGUGCCACUUUGGACACAGUGAGCCAUCAGAUCCUCUUCAGCAGGCUGGAGGGCUUGGGUGUUGAGGGAACUGCACUCUCCUGGCAACAAUCAUACCUCACAAACUGGACCCACUACAUCUCCCUCAAUGGCCACACCUCAGACUCAGCUGCAGUUAUACAGGCAUUAACUCAAGCUCCCUCCAUAAGCGCCAGAUGGUUCAAAACUCUGCAGCCCGACUCCUCACCCACACUUAAUCUUGACAGCACAUCACCCCUGUCCUCCGUGAACUACACUGGCUCCCUGACUACAAGAUCCUCUUUCGGACCUACAAAGCCCUUCACCAUCUUGCCCCGAUUUGGCGAACUCUACAUUCUGAUCCUCUGGCUUCAAUUAGUGCCUCCGAUAGAGGGUCGAGUGGAGGGCUGCCCAGCCCCAUGCAUAUGCCACAGCGAGCCACGGCCCACCCUGGCCUGCCAGCAGCAGGGCCUCUACUCCAUCCCCACAGAGAUCCCUGUCCACAGCCAGCGAAUCUUCCUCCAGAACAACAAGCUAACCGUAGUGCGCUCCACCAGCUUCAGCCCCUGCAGGAACCUCACCGUCCUCUGGCUCUACUCCAACAACAUCAGCCACAUUGAGGCCGGGGCCUUUUACGGCCUGGAGAGGCUGGAGGAGCUGGACAUAGGGGACAAUGAUCUAAGGAUCAUCAGCCCCACAGCUUUCAGAGGCCUCUCCAGACUGCACACUCUGCAUCUGCACAGGUGUGGCUUGUCUGAGCUGCCUGUGGGUGUGUUUAGGGGACUCUUUUCCCUGCAGCACCUCUAUCUCCAGGACAACAGUUUACUGACUCUCCAUGACGAUACAUUUCUGGACCUGGCUAACCUGACCUACCUGUUCCUCCACAACAACAAGAUAAAGACUGUGACGGAUCACAUGCUGCGCGGCUUGGUAAGCCUGGAUCGCUUGCUUCUCCAUCAGAAUCUAGUGACAUUUGUCCAGCGCAAGGCAUUUCAUGACCUGCGCAAGCUGACCACUUUGUUUCUGUUCUUCAACAAUUUAACAGUGUUGACAGGGGAGACCAUGGACCCAUUGGUGUCCCUCCAGUACCUGCGUCUGAAUGGGAACCAGUGGAUCUGUGACUGCCGGGCCAGGACCCUGUGGGACUGGUUCAAGGGCUUCAAAGGAUCUAGCUCAGAGCUUGAGUGCCAUGUUCCAGCUAGACUGGCUGGGAAAGACCUGAAACGGCUAAAGAGUCCUGACCUGGAGGGUUGUUAUGAGAGCUCUCAACAUACUUGGAUUAGUGUGUUCAGUUCUAAGACGCGCUCUGGAAAACUCACCACGGAGAGUCCACUUAGGGCUGGUAUUCCUAGGUGCUGCCUCUCAGACAACGACAAGUCCUCCAUCAUCUCCAGUAAGGGUCUUCCAGAUCAGUCCUCCUACAACAGCAGACAAAUCACCAACAAUCCUCUGAAGGAGAAGGAAAACAUCUCCAAAACAAAGCUUAUGGAAGCUGACCCCAACGAACCCCAGAACAAAGAGAGUCUGAACGAUGGGCCAGGAGGAACGUUAUCUAACAAUCUGGACCAUUCAUCAGAGGAUCUAGAUCCCUCCAAUGACCCUGAAAAAAAGAAAAUGUGUACAAAGGAGAACAUGUCAGACUCUCUGUGUCUCAAGUCCCACGGAUCUACAAUCGGAGCUUGGAGGCUUAUCAUUCUUCCUGUGUUUUGGCUAUCCUUAGACUUCUACGUGGAAUGUGAGUGGAGGAAGCCAGCUGUGCCCAACCAGGUGCAGUCAGUGGAGUACCUGUACCCGGUCGAAGACUACAACCCUCUGACCCGAGAGCCCACAGAAGAGGAUCUUCAGUGGCUAAGGAACCGUCUCCGGGGAGGUUCAGUGGAAUGA